GGGCCCCCUUCAGGUCUUGGAAGGCGUCUUCCGCCGAAGGUUAUUAGGUUGCUUUGCGCCGCAGACAAAAAGACAUGCUUACAGUUUAGAUACAAAGUUGGGCUAAACUUUAGGUUUUAUUCUGCCAGCACUGCGUUUCGCUGCGUUUACUGCCGUUUUGUCUUCAGCCUGUGGCUGGCCUGAGCCUCCCUGGCAGGCAUCAUCCCCCUCAGUCAGUCUGACCGCCCACAGUACGGUGGUGCUGCGGGGUGGUGGGGGAGAAAGUGCUGCUUUGUGAAUGACGGGAUCUGCGGAGGACAGAAAACAAACUUUACCAAUAAUAUUUCCGACUGGGAACUGAUUUUGGAUUCACUUGAGAAGUUCGGACCGCCAAACAGGCGAUACCUGGCCGAAGAGGACCGAGAAAAAGCUAAGCUUCCAACCUGUUUCAGUGAAGCUGUAAAUCAUGGUGGUCAGUGUGGCCUGCGUCGCCUGCCUCUGCCUGGUGGUGAUGGUCAGUGGUGACCCCUGCCUCAUCAUCAGCGAGAUCAAUGCCGACAACCCAAGACUGGACAUUACUGAGUUCGUGGAGUUGUAUCACACCAGCGGACAGCGGGCCUCGCUGGACGGGUACACCCUCGUGUUCUAUAAUGGAAAUGGAAACAUAGCCUACAAAGUGCUGGACCUCAAAGGUCAAAGCACGGAUGACAGAGGUUUCUUCCUGGUGGGCUCGGUGGACAUGCUGCCUAAACCGGCCAUCCUCCUGCCGCCAAACACAGUCCAGAACGGCCCAGAUGCCAUCGUCCUCUACCGCACAUCUGCUGCUCGCUAUAGUGAAAAGAUGAACGUCACGGCUGUUGGGUUAGUGGAUGCUGUUGUCUACAUGACUCGCCGCACUGGAGGUGCAGAGUUCCUCGCUGAAAUUCUGACACCUGGGGAGCCGGCCUUUGUUGAGGAUGAAACGGCGCUCGAGGGGGAUGAAUCAAUCGAAAGGUGCCUGUUGUCUGAAGAUCGGUGGGGCUUUCAGGUGUCCUCACCCUCCCCUGGUCAGCGAAACAACUGCACCCCACCUGCUGCCCCAUCAACCAUUCCUUUAAUUACUGAGCUGAAGCUAGGUGGAGGGCAGGUGGAUGGGUUGGUGGAGCUGACGGAGGCUCCAGCUGCAGGUCCUCUGGUGCUGGUAGUGUGGGACGGGAAAACAGACAGGGUUAGUGUCAGUGUGAACGUGGAUGUGGACACCUCCAGGAAUGGAUUGAUCUCUGUGACCAUAGAAAAGAGCUACAUGAAAGGAGAUGAGUCUGGGGCAGUGGCCAUUUACAGUGGAAAAGCUACAGACUUUCCUGUGGGCAGUCCACUGAGCCAGAUACAGCCUCUAGAUGCGUUUGUGUAUGCCGGACCUGGAAACAAGCCUAGUGCCAACCUCACAGAGACUCUCAUACCGGGCCGGCAGCCGUACCAGCUGAGCAACAGUUUGAGAGAGGGUGGCUUCUAUCUCAGUCGCUGUGGUGUGGCUAACUGGGCCAGAGACCCUGGCAUCUUUUGGGAGGCUCCACAAACUCCUGGGCUGCCCAACCAGUGCCCUUGGCCAAAAAUAUGCCCUCACAGCAAUGUGGUUCCAGGAGGCACAGAUUCAUCGCCUCACCUCCCACCCUGGGGGAAUAGUGAUUUCCUGAUUAAUGAGCUGAACACUGACACACCUGGCGCAGCAGAGGACGGAGAGUACAUCGAGCUGUGGCACCCGUCAGGUCGCAGAGUCUCCUUGCAGGGCAUCUGGAUACUGCUGUUCAGCGCACACAAUAACCGGCCAUACAGGGAGAUCAGCCUGAGUGGACACUUCACCACAUCCAAAGGGUAUUUUCUGCUGGGCAGUGACAGGUUGGUGCCAGCCCCAUCACUUCGCCUGCCUCCCAACACCAUCCAGAAUGGACCAGAUGCCGUGGCGCUCUAUCGUAGCCCUUUUGGCCCACCAUCAGCCAUGCAGAGGGGGAUUCCUACCAAAGGCCUCCUGGAUGCUGUGGUUUAUCGACAGAGAGGAUCAGACAGGGAAGCACAGGAGCUGAGUAAAGCUCUGACCCCAGGACAGCUGCCACUGCUGGAGGACCCAGAGGUUCUGCCUGGUGAUGAGGCCCUUAGCCGUUGUAGAGGCCUUUACCCCUAUGACCUGUCUGCUUUUUCAGUGGCUCCGCCAACCCCUCUGAGGGAAAACAGCUGCCCUCGGCCUCCCCCUGCCCCUGAGGGUGUGGUUAUCAGUGAGGUGGCUAGCAGCCACUGGACCAAUCACAGCCAGCAGCAGGACUUUGUGGAGCUGCAUGGGCCCCCUAUGACAGACCUGCAGGGCCUGGUACUCUCUGUGUUUGACCAGGAGCGUAGUGGGACCGUGAUUGCUCUUCCUUUGACUGGAUCUAUUGACCAGGAUGGAUUUUACAUCAUUGGAAAUGUCAGCAGUGCAGAUCAGACCUUCCCAGAGGGCUCCACGGUUCCAGGACGAGGAGCUGUAGUCUUGUGCUACGACCUGUUCAGUGUCUGCAGAGCUGGAACUGCUCUGACCAACUCCAGCCUCAGAGAUGUGCUUGUGUUUAGUGAAAACCAACACCUGCUGUUCUCUCUGUCCACCACCAGAGGGAGACAAGUGAUGCCAGCGCUCAAGUCAGUGGAAGAUGGUCCCGUCUCACUUAGCCGGUGUUCAUGCUGUGAGGUGAGGAGCCCCUCCUCCUGGACCACCUCCUCUCCCACACCUCACAGCACCAACCUCUGUCCGAGCUCCGCCUUCUCAAGUCAAAUUGAUCUUUGCCUCGGACCCAUGUCCGCUGACUGGCAGGAGCAGGUGGGAGACUGCAGUGGUCUGAUCCAUGGGAAGAGGGUCUCUGAGGUGGCAGACUACUUAGAGCAGAGAUGUCAUUGUGGCAUUUCUGCACUCUAUCUCCAAGGGGCAAACUUUUCUUGUGUGUCUGGCUGGCUGCGAGUUUGGGGGAACAUUCAGGCUCUGUCGGCCCAUCAGAGGGCCCUGAUCAUCCAGACGUCACACAUGAACCCGCCGUCCACCCAGGGAGACGUCUGCUCCUCUCCCACCAUCGAUCGUUACACAAGCACAACAUCUGCCCUGGGGUUGCAGAUUGGGCUGAUAGUGGCCGUGAUCCUGGUGCUGGGACUAGGAGCUGCUCUGUUCACGUAUUUCUACAGGAGGAGGCGUCCUCUGGACUAUUACACCAUGGAGCUGAGUGAACACGCAGAGGGACUGUCUGAUCUAUAAUCCGGGCUUUGAGCCGCUGUUUUUGCACGUGGAAGUGCCCGUGUGCAGGGGGAAGACUUCAGCAGAGAGAGCGACUGUCGUGGGUAAACAGAGGGUUAAUUUGACCUGUGGGUGACUAAUUGUGCGACCGUUCUGAAAUAAAUGCCACCAAGUGUCCUUCUGUCAAAGUGACUUGUAAUUGUUAACUGUGUGGUUGCAUCCAGUGUGAGACGUGACAUUUUAUAACUUCAGUGACAUGAAAUUAGGCAACCAGUGUGCUGAAUUUUUAUGAAGUCAUAACAUUUUUCUAAGAAUUGAUGUACAACCCUUGCCUGUGAACAGUGCUGGUUACUACUUUUAAAAGAAAGGAAGAUAUAAGAAAGGGAUUUUUUUUUUUUAAAUACUUGAUUUGUUGUUGUUUUUGUUGCUAUGGAUAAAGCCUUUAAGUUAAGAAAUGUAAACAAGCAUGCUUCUGAUUUAUGCAGAAAACCCAGCUGGCACUAAAGUGUUUUAACUCCAGGCUUUAUAACGAGAUUACAUUUGUUCACUUCUGUUCUUUGACCUCCUGCCUUGUUUUCCUGCUAUAUAUUCUGAUAGAUGACUGAACUGUAGUCAGUCAAAGGGCCUGAUUGCCCUUUAAAUGUGAAUGUCUCUAACCUGUAUCAAGUGUCUGUAACCACUUUUGUGCUCUUGCUCAAAGCAAACUGUUUACAAUGUGUUGAUUGAAAAUUAGAAGAAGGGAAUGUGUGACUCUUAUGAAGUGAUUCCUCAAAUGGGGAGAAUUUGUUUUUGGGGAUGAGAGAUUGCUGAUAACUCUGUAUUUCACUUGUGUUCUUAGUGGCUCUGAAACCUCUCUCGUGCCUUUGUCUCGUGUUUCAUUCGAGCAGUUGUUUCUUCACUCAGUAGAGGGACAGUACAGCCAUAAGCGUCAGUACAACAGAUACCAUGUUGGUAUUCUCAGGGGGGAAGCAUAUGCUAGCAGUCUGAAAUGAUAAGUUAUUGUAGGAAUGCAGAGAGAUUUUUAUCACUUAGGUGAGUUUGAGUUCACUUUUGAUAGAUUAAAUAUAUCAGACCUAAAAAAAAAAAAAAUCUAAAUUGGCAAGCUAAUGUGCCUGUGCCGUGGAUGAUCUUGCGUGUGCCCCGUUAUUGACAAUGUCAAUGUGCUGCUUGCCUCUCUGUGUUUUGCUUUACCCCUCCCCUUCAACUCUAAUCUCGCAGUAAAAUUUCCUAAUACGACCAUGUAAAGCUAAAUCAGUCGUGUAAAAUAUAAUUUCAGUCAGGACCACUAUAGUUAAAAGAAAAUUGUGAUUGUUAUUAUUUUUUUAAAUGUAGUAUAGCUCUAGAAAAGCAUGUAAAUAUGUGGAAAACCAGAGCUGGGGAGAGCAGCAGUGUCAGAAACAGCAGGGGGUGCAGGUUUGCAGAGGCAGCAACAACUGCGUGCAGGCUAAAGCAGCUUGAGUAGCGGUGGCCUAAAUCAGACUGGAUGUCGGCUGACGUGGGCUCGCAUCGGGAUCAACUUCGUGGCCUGCCUGAGCUGAGCUGUGCUUGAUUGAUUUUUGCAGAUGUGCUGCUGCUUUCAUAUGACUUCUUUUCUUUUAUGUCAAAUUUGCCAAAUUAAGGCAUUUUUUAAAGCAUUCACAGUGAUUAAAUGUGUGGAUUUCCCCUUGUAAUGUUUAUUAAAUGUAUUUUCUGGUAAACCUGUAUAUUUUAGGUUUUGUGAAAAAAAAAAAAAAAAAAUUAGUGCAUGUAAUAGGUUAGAAAGAGAAAAGGCAGGAUGAAGAAGUUGAUCAUCAAGCUUACAAAUGACAUACGGACAUGCAAAUGAGUUUGCUGUUGAGUAGAACUUGAUGUCUCUAACCUUUAAAAAAAACAAAGGAUUCAUGAGUAAAUGGCUCGUGUAACACUACUGCAUGUCAGCUUUUUUUUUUUUUUUUUUUAAACCUGAGUUGCUGUAUUUACAGAUUCAGGUUUGCAGUACUCAAACUCUUAACACAACUACAAAUGAAAACAGGAGCUUGCAGGUCUCACUGUGUGUACAUGCAGCAAAUGUUCUCUGAGAAUUUACACACACACACACACACACACACACACACACACA